UCCGCAGGCCUCAUUCAUUAUUAAGCAGCGGCAGCCACUUCUCCGGUGUCAUGUAGCUCGAGUGAUCCCCUUCCCCGCAUCUGAUCCAGUUCCCAGAAGUCUCUCAGCCUGACUGGAGACUCUCAUCAAUCAGCCUUAUCAGUUCUUUCUUUCUGAAUUUCGUUGGAUAUUGUGUCUGGGGAGCAGCUAAAAUGCAUUUGGAUAUUUCACUGGUCCUGUCUCAGGAGGUGAUAAUCUGAAGCGGAAACGCGGAGCGAAGGAUGGCGACGCCGCAGUGCAGCUCCAGGCAGAGCAGCUCGCUCUCGUCUUCUCCCAGCAGCAGCCGCACGCAGUGCCUGCAGGUGGACUCAGUCCAGCGCUGGAUGGAGGACCUACGCCACAUGACAGAGGUGGAGUGCAUGUGUGUGCUUCAGGCCAAGCCCAUUGAAGUCGACGAUGAUUCCCAGCAGGCUGAGCUGAUUGUGUCCACCGGGGCGGGGCCGGGGGCAGGGGAACAUGUGGCCCGCAACAACCUGCAGACGCUGCUUCGCAGAGCUCUGGUGGUCAGCACUGAGCUAGGGAAGAUGUUCCAGCGGCUGGAGAAGGGACGCUGGCAGAGGGUCCAUAGCACGGCGGUGCGGGCAAACUGCCACGUGCGCUCCCUGGUGCAUGAGUACAGUGCAGCGCGUAGCACGCCACCUGAUAUGCAGAAGUUUGAGAUGUCUCUCCUGGAGAAGUGUAUGGAGCUGACGAACAUCACAGAGAGGUGCCUUCACACCGAGGAUGACUUCUUCCUGAAGUCCAUGAGAGAUGCCAUUCACGAGAUCCUGACCGAUGUCAGCGAUUCGUUCAGCAACAUGAUCGACAUGGCGUUAGCCAAUGAAAUCCAGGUUCUGAUCAAGCAGAUUGAAUCUUCAGACGACGUCCACACGAUUGGGAGCGCAAUCAGCAAUCUGCUGUCCCUCACCCAGGAUGGGCCGCAGCUAUGCAGCAUCAUCGCCAAGGAAGGAGCUGUGGUGUCGCUGUUCAAGAUUUGCCGUCAAGAUCGCUUCAAAAGCCUCUACGCUCACGCUCUUAGGACCGUGGCCUCCAUCUGUUGCGUGGAAGAAGGCAUCAUGCAGCUGGAUAAGGUGGACGGCAUCCUGUGCCUGGCAGACAUACUGACAGACGACAGCAGCACGGAGGCGGCGCGGGCCGAGGCGGCGGCGGUGGUGGCGCAGAUCACGUCGCCGCAUCACACGUCCACGCAGCACCUGGCCAGUUUCCUGGAGAGCAUGCAUGACAUCGUCACUGCCCUCAUCAACUUGUGCGAGAGCGCCUCCUGUGGGGAGGUCUUCCUGCUGGCGUCGGCGGCCCUGGCCAACAUCACUUUCUUUGACAGCAUGGCCUGCGAGAUCCUGCUGCAGCUUAACGCCAUCCACAUCCUGCUGCAGGCCUGCAAGGACCGCCAGAGGGUGGACACGCCCUACUCCAAGGACCAGGUGGUGACCAUCUUGGCCAACCUAUCUGUCUUGGAGCAGUGUGCAAGUGAAGUCCUACAGGAGCAAGGGGUUGAGCGGCUGCUGCUGCUCCUGGGCGAGAGGCCAUCCUCCUCCAGUCCCUCCGAGGGCGCCGCCUGCGAGCGCGUGCAGCAGAAGGCCGCCGUUACGCUGGCACGCCUCAGCCGGGAUGCCGAGGUGGCCCAGGCCGCCAUCCAGCUUAAAGCCGUUCCUCGUCUCAUUGAGCUGUGCCGAUCCCCCACGGAGAGGAAUAACAGCGAUUCUGUCUUGGUAGCUUGCCUGGCGGCUCUGAGGAGGCUGGCGUCGGGCUGUCCCGACAGCAUCGAGGCGGCCGACCACCAGCAGCUGAUCAAACCGCGGCUGGUCGACUCCUUCCUGUUGUGCUCCAACAUGGAGGAGAGCUUUGUCUGAUGCUAAUUUGCUAAAGCGGCAAAACAAUUCCUCAACUGGAUCGCCGGACAAAUACACGAUGAAAGAGACUUUUUUUUUUUUUUUAAUGUUUGUUGGUGUUUGCAGAUGAUAUCAGACAAACAGUGAAAAGGUGGUCUCGCUUCACAGGUCACGUCGGGACAGGUUUGUUGCGAGUCCUGUGUCGCAUAUCCUAUUUAUUUCUAUUGUGUAUACCAAUUUUCAUUGGAUCCUAAGGUUAGAAAGGUUGGAAUUUUACUAUCAUUAAUAAAUUCAUUUGUUACAAUCAAAUUAAUUGACUAUAUCCCUAAAAUAUUUGAACUCAGAUCGUGUACUUGUCGUGCCUAAAAUAUUCAUUAAAAUAACUUGCAUUCGGAUGAAGCUUAUAUUUUUGUUUUUGGGGGGGGGAGUAAAAGUUAAGAAAAAAUAAUUUCAAUUCCCCAAAAAUUAAUUUUUUCAGGGCAAAAUAAACAAAAACAACUACAAAUGAUGAUUUGUUUUGGAGGUAAAAUGUCUGAAAAUUUCAUUUUCAUUGUAUUUUUUUACAGAAAAAAAUGGAUCUUUUGAAAUUAAAGUUAGAAAUCUCACACCUGAAUAGUUUGCUCUUUUUGAGAAACAAAGUUGGAACGUUGCUCAAAUACUGGUGUAUUUUAGCGUUUUACUUUUUUUUUCCUGAAUUUGUAAUAUUGCAUUCAUAUCAGUGACGAUAUUUGCAUUGCCACAUAUUACAGUUGAAUAUCGUCUUUCAAUGGACAUCGCAGUACUGUUUUUCUGAUGUUUGUGUGCAUGAAUUAUUUCUGUUGCUUGUUUCGUACGACAUGUAAAAUUGUGAAUGCCAUCAAUAUCUGUCAUGAUCAUACGUUCUAGUGGAAUUAAUUUUGCCUUUUUUUUUCCUUAUUUAAAAGUAACGAUUGUACGCAAAGCAUGUAAUAAAGAC